GGCAUGUGGCUGGCCUCACCAGAGCUCCGACAGCUUUCAAGGCUGGAAGCAAGGAGAAAAAAUGUCCCAGAGCAACGUAGCCAGGGUGAAGCAUCCACUGAAAGUGAGCUUCCUGAAGGACACCCUGCUGAGCAGUUUGCAGGUUUACUUCAUGGAUCAUCACCUGCAUGUGACCCACCUGAAAAUCCUCUCCAGCUGUACAGCAAAGUAAACCUGUGCAGCGGGCCACUGGAGAAAAGCAUUUUGAGCAAGAGCGCAGCGCAGCAGAUACAGUUACGGAAAGAAAGCAGCUCUGAUCCUCCUGUUAAGAAAAAAAAGCCACCAAUUGUAAACAGAACCAUAUUUCAUACUAAAAAUAAACCAGCAGAAAAUCAUACCCUGGUUGGUGCGCCAAGGAUAAGUGAACAAUGGGUUAUUACCACUGGGGGAUUUGUGGAGAGAGCGUGCACGCUGGGCAGAAUACGAUCCUUACCAAAGACCUUGCUGGAAAUGCACUUGUGCAAAAAUGUUUCAAAGUCGGAUUCUAAUCUUAUCACCCAUCCACCAAAUGAUAAAAAAGCGAGAAGCAAUUGGAGUGAACCCACACCAAAGCCACAGUGCUCCAAAGGGAAUUCAGAGAGAACACCUUCCUUCACAUCAGAAUGGGAAGAAAUUGAUAAAAUCAUGAGUUCAAUAGAUGCUGGAAUUAAUACUGGACUGGGUGAGAUGAAAGAUCACGCUACAAGACCCCGAUGCCCUGUCCAGACAGUGGGACAAUGGUUGGAAAAUAUUGGGCUACCUCAGUAUGAAAACCACUUGCUGGCUAAUGGAUUUGACAAUGUGCAAUUCAUGGGAAGCAACGUGAUGGAGGACCAGGAUCUCUUGGAAAUAGGAAUCCUUAACUCUGGGCACAGACAGAGAAUACUCCAAGCAAUCCAGCUUCUCCCAAAGAUGAAGCAGAUCGGUCACGAUGGUUACAACCCCUCCUCUGUAGCUGAAUGGCUGGAUUCCAUUGAACUGGGUGACUAUACCAAAUCCUUUCUAAUUAAUGGCUAUACAUCGAUGGACCUUGUGAAAAAAAUAUGGGAGAUUGAAUUAAUUAAUGUCUUAAAAAUUAGCUUGAUUGGCCACCGGAAGCGUGUUCUGGCAUCUCUGGGAGACAGGCUUCACGAAGAUCCUCCUCAGAAACCACCUCGGUCAAUAACCCUCAGGGAACCCAGUGGUAACCACACUCCUCCUCAGUUGUCUCCAUCACUUAGCCAAAGCACUUUCACUACUGGUGGCUCCCUGGACGUUCCCCACAUUAUCAUGCAGGGCGAUGCAAGGAGAAGAAGAAAUGAAAACUAUUUUGAUGACAUUCCCCGCUCAAAGCUGGAGAGGCAGAUGGCACAGCAGUCUUCGGUCUGUGAGAUCUGGACCAACCAGAAUGCAGGAUAUCCUUUCUCAUCGAUUCAUCAGGUUCAUAAUACAGGAGACUGGGGAGAGCCUUCAAUUACCUUGAGACCUCCAAAUGAAGCCACAGCAUCAACGCCUGUACAGUAUUGGCAACAUCAUCCAGAGAAACUCAUCUUCCAGUCAUGCGAUUAUAAAGCAUUUUAUUUAGGUUCUAUGCUGGUAAAAGAGUUGAGAGGCACAGAGUCAACACAGGAUGCAUGUGCAAAGAUGAGGAAGUCUACAGAACAGAUGAAGAAAGUACCAACCAUUGUCCUGUCUGUUUCUUACAAGGGAGUCAAAUUUAUUGAUGCCACAAAUAAGAAUAUUAUUGCUGAACAUGAAAUCCGCAACAUUUCCUGUGCUGCACAAGACCCCGAAGACCUUUCUACAUUUGCGUACAUCACUAAAGACUUGAAGACGAAUCACCACUACUGCCACGUAUUCACUGCAUUUGAUGUGAAUUUAGCUUACGAAAUCAUUCUUACACUAGGACAAGCAUUUGAGGUGGCCUAUCAGCUUGCACUACAAGCACGAAAAGGGGGUCAUUCUUCAACCCUCCCUGAAAGCUUUGAAAACAAACCCUCUAAACCUAUUCCCAAACCACGUGUUAGUAUUCGGAAGUCAGUGCAGAUAGAUCCAUCCGAACAAAAGACUCUUGCGAAUCUACCCUGGAUUGUUGAACCUGGACAAGAGGCCAAAAGAGGCAUUAAUACCAAGUAUGAAACUACAAUUUUCUGAUAAAAAACUGUCCCCCUGUUCCUUGUUGUGCCUUGCACGCCAAGCAGUCACAGCACAGCCUUUCCUUUAUGGCAACGUUUCAAUCCAGCAGAGAGGAAGACUGCACUGUAUGAGUGGCCUUGUAACUAACAAAAAAGGCUGACAGUCAUUUCUGGUGAUGUUCUUCUUCCUGCAGCACUGAAUGAAGAAUGACACUAUAUGAAGACUUUUAAAAUUACAGUCCACAAGAGGAGUGAGAAACCUUAUUUUUCAUGCAGUUCUCCCUUGUGACUCUGCCACAGUGCUUUCUUUGAUUUCUUAUUUUAGAAUUCUACUUUUUAAAGAAAAAAAAAAACAACAAAAUGUCUCUAAACUAAUACUAAUGCUGCCUACGAGUAGAGUAUUUGAUUGGGUUUUUUAUUUAAAUCUUGGCAGUUUUUAAUUGAAAUAGAACCAGAAUUAAUAAAUAGAUUAUUUGUGAAACCACUGAAUUCAUUAAUAAUUACUGUGUUGAAUAAAGAACUCAUUAAAGUGAUGAGAAAUUAGGCACCCUGAUUUCUGUGUGCGCUGAUUUUAUAUGUAAUCAUUGAUGUCCUUUGAUCCUCUACAGAAAUAAAAACCUCUUGCAUCGUAGCAAAGGAUCAGAGUUUUAUGAAUGGUUAGAAAAAGGUAUUAAUAAUGCACAGAAAACAUUUAUUAGAUAUUUUUAUGGAAGAGAAGUACUAUAGGAAAACAUAUGAAUAUUUAUGGAAGGAAGCCAGAUUAAUUAUGAGAAAUACUGUUUAUUUUAAAGUUAAGUAAAUGACUGCUAUUGCAGCAUUAUGAAAAUUAUAAGAGUUGUAGCAUCAGUGCACUAGAUGUUCUGUGUGAUCAGUCUGGAAUGAAAGUGGAAUGGUCAUUCUACUACACCUACAUAUAGUUUAUGCAGUUCAACAUUGCUAUAGCCAUGAAUUCUACUAGUAUUUUUAAAAAAUAAUCUCAGUGGUUCUAAAAGAAGUAAAAAACCAUGGAUUUUGCUAUCAAGAUUUCUGUCACAGAAAGCUUGUUUGGAAGAGUAUUGAUAAAAUUCUACUGCAAAACAUUUUCUAAAUAAAAACAGCAAGAAAAAGAAAAAAAUUCCAAAGUAAUACAAACGUUUUCAUGAAACAAAAAAAAAUUAAGCAUUUGCUUAAUAUUUGGUUAAACAAGAUUUACUUACUUUUUCUUUAAAGUGUUUUAAUUUUUUUAAUGUCUGUGGAGUAUUUGUAUAAUACCAUGAUGUAUAUUUAUGUAGAACUGAAAUUAUAACAGUAAAAUUAUCAUUAUAGGAGAAAAAUGACAUUUUAACGUAUAUUGUUCUAUCCAGUCAAAUUGUGAAUCAUUUUGAAGUUCAUUAUAGAGAUAUUGAUAAA